AUGCGACUUCGCGGUGUGUUUCGUGCAGCCAAGCUGCCCAACGGACAACGCGCCAUUGGCACAAAAUGGGUGUUCAAGAUCAAGCGCAAGGCGGAUGGGUCAAUCGAGAAGUACAAGGCACGACUUGUGGCCAAGGGUUUCCGCCAAAAGUAUGGCAUUAACUACACGGAGACGUUUUCGCCUGUGGUCAAGUAUGUGACGCUGAGAAUGGUGAUCGCAAUUUCCAACAUUUUGGAUGGCCCAUCGACCAGCUUGGUGUGUGACAGCUUUCCUGUAUGGCGUCAUGAAGGAACAAGUGUGUUGCAUUGUAGAUCGGAGCGAGGAAAGCGGAGCUAA